UCGCCAGCUCUGAAGGGGCAGGGGCGCAAGGAAAUAUUUCCUAUCGUCCCAGCCCUUGUUACAUUUAUGAAGAGCACGCGCAGAGAGGAAAAUGCCCUAUCGACGCAUGUAAUAAUCAACUACAUGUGGCUACUAGAGCCUGAGUGGUGUGCAAGCUACAUGGACAGCCACAAAAGCCCUGAGCACUCGCUAGAAAAAUGUGUCAGCGCAUUUGCACACGGUAAAUUGGUUUUCAUGGUUUGGAGUUAA